ACCCUGCGGGGCCCGGUUGGGGGAAGCGGUUGUCGUCUGGGCAUGGGCCCGCCGGGACCAUGACCUGAAGUGGCCCGAGCCCGAGAGCCCGCUCGGUCGAUCGCGCCGCCCCCCUCUUCCACCAGCAUGGCAUCUGAAGAAGCCUCCCUCAGGGCACUGGAAAGUCUGAUGACAGAAUUUUUCCAUGAUUGUACAACAAAUGAAAGGAAACGUGAGAUAGAGGAACUUCUUAAUAACUUUGCCCAGCAAAUAGGAGCUUGGAGAUUCUGCCUCUACUUUCUCUCCAGCACCAGGAAUGACUAUGUAAUGAUGUACAGUUUGACGGUUUUUGAGAACCUGAUUAAUAAAAUGUGGCUUGGGGUCCCAUCUCAGGAUAAGAUGGAAAUUCGUAGCUGCUUGCCCAAACUCCUGUUGGCUCACCACAAAACCUUACCUUACUUCAUCCGGAAUAAGCUCUGCAAAGUUAUUGUUGAUAUUGGCCGUCAAGAUUGGCCCAUGUUCUACCAUGAUUUUUUUACUAACAUUUUACAGUUGAUCCAGUCCCCUGUGACUACACCUCUUGGGUUGAUCAUGUUGAAGACAACAUCGGAAGAGCUGGCUUGUCCUCGUGAGGACCUCAGUGUGGCUCGGAAGGAGGAACUUCGAAAGCUGCUGCUGGACCAGGUGCAGACAGUGCUUGGGCUGCUGACAGGUAUCUUAGAAACUGUCUGGGACAAACACAGUGUGACUGCGGCCACCCCACCACCAUCCCCGACCUCAGGAGACAGUGGUGACUUACUGAGUAACCUGUUGCAGAGUCCUAGUACGGCCAAGCUCUUGAACCAGCCAAUCCCCAUCCUUGAUGUGGAGAGUGAGUAUGUCUGUUCCCUGGCCUUGGAGUGUCUGGCCCAUCUCUUCAGUUGGAUUCCUCUGUCUGCCAGCAUCACCCCGUCCCUCCUUACCACCAUCUUCCACUUUGCACGCUUCGGUUGUGAUAUCCGGGCCAGAAAGAUGACAUCAGUGAACGGCAGCAAUCCUAACUGUGUGUUGGGUCAGGAACGAGGUCGGCUUGGCGUCUUGGCCAUGUCCUGCAUCAAUGAACUCAUGUCCAAAAACUGUGUGCCUAUGGAAUUUGAGGAGUAUUUACUGCGCAUGUUCCAGCAGACUUUCUACCUCCUGCAGAAAAUCACCAAGGAUAGCAAUGCCCACACUGUGAAGAGCAGGCUAGAAGAACUCGAUGAGAGCUACAUCGAGAAGUUUACUGACUUUCUGCGGCUCUUCGUGAGUGUUCACCUGAGAAGAAUCGAGUCUUACUCCCAGUUUCCUGUAGUGGAGUUUCUCACACUUUUGUUCAAGUACACAUUUCAUCAGCCUACUCAUGAAGGUUACUUCUCUUGUUUGGAUAUCUGGACACUCUUUCUAGACUAUCUGACAAGCAAAAUUAAAAGUCGUCUGGGAGAUAAAGAAGCAGUUCUUAACAGGUACGAAAACGCCUUAGUCCUCUUGCUCACGGAGGUAUUGAAUCGAAUCCAGUUCAGAUACAACCAGGCCCAGUUGGAGGAGUUGGAUGAUGAGACUCUGGAUGAUGAUCAACAGACAGAGUGGCAGCGGUAUUUACGCCAGAGCUUGGAAGUAGUGGCCAAAGUGAUGGAACUCCUUCCCACGCAUGCCUUCUCGACACUGUUCCCAGUUCUUCAGGACAAUUUAGAAGUUUACCUGGGGUUACAGCAGUUUGUAGUUACUUCAGGGUCAGGCCACAGGCUGAACAUCACGGCAGAGAACGACUGUCGGAGGUUGCACUGCUCCCUGCGGGACUUGAGCUCCCUGCUGCAGGCUGUGGGCCGGCUGGCUGAGUACUUCAUCGGAGAUGUGUUUGCUGCGCGCUUCACCGAUGCCCUCACGAUUGUGGAGAGGCUGGUUAAAGUCACUCUGUAUGGAUCUCAGAUAAAAUUGUACAACAUCGAGACUGCUGUGCCCUCAGUACUGAAGCCUGACCUCAUUGAUGUGCACGCUCAGUCCCUGGCUGCCCUGCAGGCUUAUUCGCACUGGUUGGCACAGUACUGCAGCGAGGCUCACCGCCAGAACACACAACAGUUUGUAUCGCUCAUCUCUACGACCAUGGACGCCGUCACUCCUCUAAUCAGCACCAAGGUUCAAGACAAGUUGCUGCUAUCUGCAUGUCACUUACUGGUCUCUCUGGCCACCACUGUGCGGCCUGUCUUUUUGAUCAGCAUUCCUGCAGUACAGAAAGUCUUCAAUAGGAUCACAGAUGCCUCUGCUCAGCGACUUGUUGAUAAGGCUCAGGUGUUGGUGUGCAGAGCACUCUCUAACAUCCUGCUCCUCCCGUGGCCAAACCUUCCUGAGAAUGAGCAGCAGUGGCAGGUGCGCUCUAUCAACCACGCCAGCCUCAUCUCUGCACUCUCCAGAGACUACCGCAGCUUGAAACCCAGUGCUGUCCCCUCACAGAGGAAAAUGCCACUGGACGACACUAAAGUGAUUAUCCACCAGACACUUAGUGUCUUAGAAGAUAUUGUGGAGAAUAUCUCUGGGGAAUCCACCAAGUCCCGGCAGAUCUGCUACCAGUCACUUCAGGAGUCUGUUCAGGUCUCCCUGGCCCUCUUCCCAGCUUUUAUCCAUCAGUCAGAUGUGACUGAUGAGAUGCUGAGCUUCUUCCUCACUCUGUUUCGAGGCCUUCGAGUGCAGAUGGGCGUGCCUUUCACUGAGCAGAUCAUACAGACUUUCCUCAACAUGUUUACCAGAGAGCAGUUGGCAGAGAGCAUUCUUCACGAGGGCAGCACGGGCUGCCGGGUGGUUGAGAAGUUCCUGAAGAUUCUACAAGUGGUGGUGCAGGAGCCUGGCCAGGUGUUCAAGCCCUUCCUUCCUAACAUCAUCGCCUUGUGCAUGGAGCAGGUGUACCCCAUCAUUGCAGAGCGCCCUUCCCCAGAUGUAAAGGCAGAACUGUUUGAGCUCCUUUUCCGGACCCUCCAUCACAACUGGAGGUACUUCUUCAAGUCCACUGUCCUGGCCAGUGUCCAGAGGGGAAUCGCUGAGGAGCAGAUGGAGAACGAGCCUCAGUUCAGUGCCAUCAUGCAGGCAUUCGGACAGUCCUUCCUCCAGCCUGACAUCCACCUGUUUAAACAGAACCUCUUCUACCUAGAGACGCUCAACUCCAAACAGAAGCUCUACCACAAGAAGAUCUUCCGUACCACCAUGCUGUUCCAGUUUGUGAACGUGCUGCUUCAGGUGCUGGUGCAUAAGUCCCACGACCUGCUACAGGAGGAGAUCGGCAUCGCCAUCUACAACAUGGCCUCAGUGGAUUUUGAUGGCUUCUUUGCCGCCUUCCUUCCCGAGUUCCUGGCCAGCUGCAAUGGUGUGGAUGCCAACCAGAAAAGUGUUCUGGGCCGGAACUUCAAGAUGGAUCGGGACCUCCCAUCAUUUACACAGAAUGUGCACAGGCUGGUCAACGACCUGCGCUACUACAGACUCUGUAAUGACAGCCUCCCGCCUGGGACAGUGACACUCUAGCACCACCGAUGCUGUCGCUCUGCCAAGACCCUCUCUGCUGACAGCUGCUCAAGACAGUGGGUGCAUCUCAGAACUGGUGCAGCCCCAAGAAUCCCAGCAAGGCCCAGAUCCCCAUGAGAGGCUUUAGUGCUGUCAGGUGGCGGCGGCCAUGCAAGCCUGUGCCAGGACCACCUCGCCUUCCUCGGCCAGAAGAGCAUGGUGGAGCUGUGCACCCAGUUGCCUCCAGGUCUCCACUUCCAUUAUAAACACAGACUUGGGCUGAAUUCUCCUUUUCUCAUCAUUCCAUUGUUAUACUCAGACUCAGAAAAACUUAUAGGGGAGUACAAUAAAAUGCUCUGUUGUUGUUAUAAAA